AUGAUAAAUCCUCUUUAAGAAGCUUUUGUCCUUUUUGAUGAGAAAAACCAAACAUUUUUUGAUAAAAUCAAGAACGCAUUUAAUGAUGGUAAAAAAGAAAAAUAUAUUUUAAGGAAAUGCCAAUUAAAUUUAUAGUUUAUUUUCUGAAGAGACCUAGAAGGCAAUUUCAUUAGAAAUAUUUUCUAUGUAGAUUGAAGAAAUAAGGGAUAGAUAGGGAAAUAUUUGUUACUGGUCUGAUUCUACUAUUAAUCCUGAAUAACCAAGUGUUCUGCUAGGAUUUGAGAAACAUUUGGGAACUGGUACUUUAUUUUGGACAUACGAUCAAAAUAAUUUAAUUAGUGCUUUCAGUAUGAAUGAUCAUAAAUAAGCUUCUAUGAUUGAUUGGAUUAUUUAAUAUCCUAAUAAAUUUUCUUUUUCUUCUAUAGCAGAUGGUAACAUUAUUGCAAAUUAUUUUGGCUCAAGAGAAUAAUCAUUAAUGAGUGUUUUUAAGAUAAAUGUUGCUAUUGAAUAUUGCAAGCAAUUAAGUGAUGGUAAGAUAAAUGAUGAAGAUUGGAUUAAAUUAAAUGAUGUUAAUAAAUAUUACAUUUAAGAUUUAGAUAUAUCACAUACAAAUUUUAUUUAAAUUUGGGAAUAAUAAGGUAAGAUAAUAAAUGGUCUUUUAUAAUUAAAGGAAAUUGCAAUAGGAAUGAUAGCUCUUAGUUCGAAUGCUUGUACUGAAUUUAUUUAAACAUUACUUACUUUAUAAUCAAUUUAAACAACUGUUGAUAGAAUUGGGUUGAAAUAAAGUUAAAUCUUUUAUUUAACCUCAUUUUUAUUAGUCUUCACAAAUGAUGGUUAAAUAUCAAAAGGAGAAUUCAUAAAAUAAAUAUAAAAUCUAUCAUUUGAUUAAGUGCAAUAAAAGAGUUUAGAAAUACAUGAUCAAUUGAUACUAAAUAAUAAUAUUGCGAAAGAGUAUUUGAGUAGAGGGAAAUAGUUAUUAGAUGCAGAAGUAUUAAGAGUUCAAGUAAAAUAUUUUACAAAAUCAACAACAUUAGAAUACUCAAAAUUACUUGAUAAAUUAAAUAAUUAAUUGUAUUUUAAUGAGAAAUUCUAUUAAUAUUUCUAUGAUCUUAUGGGAUAUGUUUCUAUGUAAAAUAUUGCUUUGUCUAGAUAAUAUGAUCAUGUUGGAGUAAUUAUUAAUUGUUAAAAUUUAGAUUAAAGGUGGAUCAUCAUCUAUUUAAGAAGAUAAUUCUUGUGUAUUAACUAUUGGAUAUUUUUAGUAAAUGAAGAAACCAGCACCAUUUAAAAGAACGGCUAUUGCUUUUUUCAUUGAAUCCUUAGAAUAUGAAACAGAAUUUAAAAUAAUCUUAGAAUAAUUUAAUGAAUUUGUUGCUCUAACUAGUUUAAAUGGAUAAUAUUUGUAAGCGGUUUCAAAAGAAUUAACUUAAAUAUCAUAAAAGUAGUGAUUUAAAAAAUAAUGC